CCUGGCCGCCAACCCUCCUGAGUGCCGGCGCGGUGUUUUUUUCCGAGUGACACAGCACAAUCGGCGAGGGAUGGAGAAAGCUGUCCCUAAUUUCUCAGAGCGCCAAGGAGAUGGAGGCAGAGCCCUGUUAAUGACACCGGAGCCAAACAAAGAGACUUUUCCUGCCCUUGAGUGCCCCCAAGGCGAAGAACGAAGAGCCGCUUUCCUUCAAGAUGCAAAAAAGCCCCUGGAGAACCCGGCUUUAUCUGGGACGUCGGUGGAAACGGAGACGGAGCUCGAGGAAGAUGCUUUCUACGCCGCGGAUGAUCUGGCAACGAUGAGCAGGGAGGGGAAGGGACCCUCCGGCGCCGAGCUGCGCCCGUUGCAAGAGGACCCCGACUUCUUCUCGUCACUCUCCCGCCAGGAGCCUGAUGUUGCCUUGGAAGCGCACGACGUGGCCGAUGAGCCUGAUCCUGCCCUCUCUGGUGCCAUCCCAGCCACAGCUCACAGGACCGAACUCGGCUCCACGAAUGAAGAGCAUUUGGAGUUCAAGAAGGCUUUGUACAGAACGGAUGCCAGGAGCUCCCUAGACCUGCGAAACAUGACCGUGUCCGGCAGCGUCACCUGGGACACCUCCGCCCUGGAGACGAGAGCGGGCGACGGGAGAGAAGAAAGCACUUUAGAGAGACUCUCUGGCUUGAAGGACUCGAAGGACGUGCGGUGCGUGAAGGAGUCGGCGUUCGCCGUGGAGCCCCAGGUUGUAAAUACUGUGCAGGUGGAUCCUGAGCAACUGGAGAGCGACUCCGAGGACCUGGAUGGUGGCAAGGCGGCAGCAGAGACGCCCAGCCCUUGUGCGGGGGCAUCGGUUGGCGGCGGGGAAGAGAAAUAUCUUAAAAAUGAACCAAAGCAACUUGAAGGCCUCAGCAAAGAGCACUUAGAUAAAAGCAAGAGAGGAAUCCAGAGGGUCGACUGGAUUUCUAGACCCAACAAAAGCCCAAGUCCUCACUACAAAGACAUAAGCAAGCCGACAGAUGUAGCAACCAACUUGCCCUUUCGGGGACAGGCUGUGCGUGAAGUGCCUCCUCCGCUGACUCCGACGGUGUUCAGAAAAACGCUAAACCCUGUCCUCGGCAAGUCCAAAUCCCUGGAGAGCUCCUCGUCCCACAGGAAGGGGCUGAUGGUCAACUCGGACUUGGGCGAGAUCAACCCUGUCAGCGUGGCCGACUGGACAAUACAGAAGCCGGGUCUUCAGCUCGGCGCGGACCUCACCGUCGGCAAACAGUCCUGGACGGUAAAUGCCGAAGACUCAGUGGAGCGGAUCCCACUGAUGUCUCUGGAGCCUGCUCCCUGCAGCUCCUACGACAUCGAGAUGAGGCCCUACGUGUGCAGCGUCUUGCUGGAGGAGCAGGGGAAAGAGGAGCUGGGUCCGGAGGAGGACCCUACAGUGUACACCUGCAUCGAGUGCAGCAUUUACUUCAAGAAGAAGGAACAUCUGAUGGAUCACAUGCUCCAGCAUAAUCGUGGACCAGGGAGGGACCAAGACAGAGAUGCUUUGGGAGGGCAGUGUCAAUUCUGCUGCAAUGAGUGCGGAUGGGCCUUUGGAGACCCCACGUCCUUGGAGCAGCACAAAAGGCUCCACCAAGAGUCUAGGGAAAAAAUUAUCGAAGAGAUCCAGAAGUUGAACGAGUUUCCAGACGAAGGUCGGGAAGCCCGGCUCCAGUGCCCCAAGUGUGUCUUUGGUACAAACUCCUCCAAGAUCUUUGUCCAGCACGCCAAGAUGCACGUCAAGGAGAGGAAGGACCAAGGGGCAAAGAACAUGAAUCUCUUCGGAAGCGCGGGCAGCGGAGAAAUACGGGAUAGCCCCGUGCACGGCAUCUACAAACACUUCAAACCAAAUGAACACGUGUCCCUGCAGAUGCAGGUGCCACCUCAAGGCAGCGGCAAAGGGCUCAGCACCUGUAUGCUCUGCAGCUUCCCGGCCCCCAACGAGAACGUCCUCAAGGACCACAUGAAAUACGCCCAUUCCCACCUCUCCUGGGACACGGAGGUGUACGAGGAUGAUCCCAAUCAACCAGGAACCAGCAGAGAUGCCUACAGCCCGGCCAGGCCAAGCCGGUUCGCAGACACGGAUUAUUUCGGCAAAGCAGACCGGCUCUUCCCUCCACCUCACCGAGAAAGCACAUCGCAUUACGAAGGGGUCCACGGUUUUGCCGUAACUCACCCGAGACUCGACAAAAGCAACGGGGCUAGUAAAAAGGACUACCAGACACCAGGGUUUCAUGCCAGGAAAGCAGCUCCGUACGCUGCCCCGCAUAAAAACCUGGGCUUGUCCGGUUUUUCCUCCGCUAAAGCUUAUUCCCAGUUUGCUCUGCAGCAGCUGAAAAAAAAAGCAGCAGCUCAGCACCUUGAAGGAGAAGGCGAUGGUCUCAGGAGCCACCCGAUGGGGCUGGAAGAGCUCAGGCACAAGUGGGUGUUGGCCAACGAUGCUGGGAGCAUGGAGGAGGAGAUCUCCGUAAGCACAGAAAUGGAUUUGAGCGAGAACAGAGGCAUCAAGCCCGUCACCAUCCCUCAAGCUGCCUUGGACCUCAAGAGGACGUUCAGAGACACCUUGAAAGCCACGGACUCUUCGAUAGCUUCGGAGGAGCAGCAGCAGCAGUUGCGGAAGAUGGUCCCCAUCGUCCUCCUGGAGGAGGUGAACCUGCACCCCAAGGCGACGAAGCGGCCCCGGGGGAAGCCGCUCAAGAAGAAAACAACACUCCCUUCCCGGGAAUUCAUGAUGGAAGAGCCCCUUCCCUUGGAUAUGCUCCUACUGGAUUCUCCUCUGGAGGGUCCUCUGGAGCUUGAUGACCUCUUGGACUCCGACUCGCCCAUGCUGAAGAACGAGGAGAGGAAGUGUCCCUACUGCCCAGACAGGUUUCACAACGGGAUCGGGCUGGCGAACCACGUGCGGGGCCACCUCAACAGGGUGGGGGUGAGCUACAACGUCCGUCACUUCAUCUCAGCGGAAGAAGUGAAAGCUAUUGAGCAAAAAUUUUCCUUCCAAAAGAAGAAGAAAAAAGUUGCAAACUUCGACCCGAGUACUUUCAGCCUGAUGCGGUGCGAAUUCUGUGGGGCCGGUUUCGACACGCGAGCGGGUCUCUCCAGCCACGCCAGAGCCCACCUGAGAGACUUUGGUAUUACCAACUGGGAACUCACCAUCUCGCCCAUUAACAUCCUCAAGGAGCUGUUGGCCAACUCAUCGGAGCAUCCGAUGCUGCAAGCGGCGAUGGGAGCGGAGCCCUCGUCCCCGAGCCGAGAGAGGGAAGCUCACGGCUUCGUGCCUCGCAAGAGCAUGACCCCCAUGUCCGAGUGCAGCAUUCCACGGUCUCCUCUGUCCCCGUUCCCCCCGUCCUGGGGAGAUGAGUCCCUGCAGUCCUACAGAGACGUCCUGGCUCCGGAAGAGGAAGAACUGGUGGCCAUGGAGGUGGGUUCACCCCCUCUCCCGAAAAAAAGCGCUCCCACCGGGCAGCUGGAUCAACCCCCCGCCAGGAUAGGGACCAAACUCUCUCCUGAGCCGCCCGGGAGCAAACCAGAGCCUCAGGACUCCAAAACCCAGAACCUUACGACGUGCGAAGUGUGCGGCGCCUGCUUCGAAACCCGCAAAGGCUUAUCCAGCCAUGCCCGUUCUCACCUACGGCAACUCGGCGUAGCCGAAUCGGAGAGCAGCGGGGCUCCCAUCGAUUUGCUUUACGAACUGAUGAAACAAAAAGGCAAACCCGACGGCAGCCCCAUGUCUCCCACCCUCGGCAAAAAAUCCGGUUCCCCCAAAGAUGCCACGGCCGGUUCCCCUCGACCCACGCUCCUGGCGCUCGGCAAGGCCGGCGAUCGCCCGCCGGACGGUCCCGUUAAUAAAGCCAUCAAAUCCCCUCCCGGCUUCUCAAAAAACCUCUCGCAACCGGGAUCCCCCAUCCUUAAGAAGGUGCCGUCAGCUCUUUCGGGGUCCCCGUCUCCGAAAAACCCCGAGGAGAAGAGCUCCAAGCUCUCGCUGAGCCCUCUGCAGAGCUCCCCGAAAGCGCAGUGGCCGCAGGCGGAUGAGGAAGGACCUCUCAAUUUAAGUGAGUUUCGUGGGGUUUUUUUUUUCCCCCUGGUGUUUCCCAUUCGGCUGAGGGCGGGGGAAAGUCCGGGGCUUCUCCCGUCCUGCUCCCGCCAAGCCAGGCAUCCCUCGGCGGCUGGGAGGGCGCAGAGCUCGGUGGAGGAGCCGGCGUUUGGUAACCGCCGUGCCGGGGGAGACACGCGCCGCUCCGUCGCGACUAUCGGAGGGGACAGUCUUCCCUGA